AUGCUUCAUGGAGAGAUACGAAGUGAAGAGCAGAAUUGGAGCAACUUGGAAAACGAAGAAAUUAUCCUCUACACAAAAAUGAUCGAUAGUCCCGAGUCUGGAACACAAGAUUACUCUCUACCGAAAAGCAAUCAAUUGCCCAUUCAUAGUGAUCAAUCGCUUAACCCACCUGAUCUCUGUAAAGAUGUUUCUGAUCUGAGUCCCACACCUACAAACAAUACAGAACAACAAGAUGAAGACCCCCAUUCUAACUCAACAGUACAAAUAGACCAAUCUCCUGAGAAUAUCCUUAAGAAUCGUGGAAAGACACCAAAUCGUUAUUCACUUGACAUUGGCAAUACAUCAAAGUAUCCAAUUGCGAAUCAUGUAACUACUGAGAAGCUGUCUGAACCACUCAAGGCCUUUGUGCAUCAGUUGUUUGCUAUUCAUAUCCCAACCAAGGUUGCUGAAGCAUUUAAAGAUCUUAAGUGGGUUCAAGCUAUAAAGAAACAAAUGAAAGCUAUUAAAAAGAAUUAG